UGAAAGUUACCGAUUUGAAAGAAUAUUUGAGAUUAAGGGGGAUAGGUGUAACCAACAUGAAAAGGAAUGAAUUAGUAAGGUUGUGCACUGCUGUUGAAGGGCUAAAUCUACCACUUGACCCAGAUAUGUGUACGGACCGGGUCACAAACACUGUAGCAGAAUUGCUGAAAAGCAACGGGAUUGACAACAUGUCUUCUCUACAAGGAUUCACCAAGGACCUUUCCAAUAUUCCGAAUGUGUCACUGUAUGAUGUUUUUAACUAUCUGCUGUAUAACACUUCAAACUAUGAUCGUAGAAAGUUGAAGGCCUACAAAUCUUCUGAAGAUUACCGUUUGUAUUUCGAUGGUUAUGUAGAGAGUCUUGAAAUGACCGAGUUGAACAGUUUAUUUAUAUUUUUGGCUGCCAUCAAACCUACACAGAAAGACAAAACAUAUCUUAAUACCUCCACAUAUGAUGCCUGGAUCGUAAUGGACAAUGCUGGUGAUGUGAAGGCAGCAUAUUGUACAUGCAUAGGAGGUGCUGAUGGUGGUUGUCGACACAUAGGUGCAACACUGUAUGAAAUUGAAGGAUUUGAGGCAAAAUCAGUUACUGAUGGUGACAAUCUAUGGUUGAAAAGGGCAAGGCAGCAUGAUUGUCCAGUUCCAAUUAAAAAGUUGAAAAUUAUGAAAGCAAGGUAUUCAACUGCUGAUCAAGCUGACAAUGGAAUGCAAGAUGGUGCCCAUGAUUUUGACCCGCGGUCUUCAGAUAACAGAGAUGAUUAUGGAGCUGAACAAAUGUUAAACAUUGCUAGACAGUUAAAAGCAAUAUCACCAGAACUGCAGGCAUUAGAUUUGUUGGAAGACCCAUCAGAAUUGGAUGAAGAGGUGGAUUUCGUAGCAUGUGAUAGAUGUGAAAAGUGGUCGAUGAUGUCAGCAGCUGUUAAUGCUACUCCAGAAACCCUGUCAACUAUUCUGAUAGAACGAGAUGAAGUGUUGCACGUUGAACGUUGUACUGUUGAUCAGUCAGAUAAUGAUACUUGGUUUAAGUUGAGGAAAGGUAGAAUAACUGCGUCAAAUUUUUUUAAAGUCUGUAGAGCUGUUGAUAAUUUGAAAUGCCCUCCUUCGUUAAUGAAAAGUCUACUAGGGGAAUAUGAUUUAUCUCAUUAUGAAGUACCGUCUCUUGAAUGGGGGAAGAGGAAAGAGAAAGCUGCAUUGGACCUUUACAUACGUGUAAACAGACAUAAACAUAAAGGCUGUAUGUCAGAGAAAAAGGGACUUCGUAUCUACACACGGUUGCCUUAUGUUGGAUGUUCUGUCGAUGGAUUGUUCUCAUGUAAGUGUCAUGGUGAGAAUCUAGUGGAAGUUAAAUGUCCGUUUGCUGACAAGAACUUGAAUCCUAAGGAAGUUGCCCUUAAAAAAGGAUGUGUGCUAGAUUCAAGUGGUGAACUUCAUGUAACUGACAAAUGCGAAUAUUACCAUCAAAUUCAAGGACAAAUGGGUAUAUAUGGAAUCCACAAAUCAGACUUGGUUGUAUUCACAAAGAAAGGAAUUGCUGUUGCUAGUGCUACAUUUGAUCCUCUGUUUUUUGAAAGAAUGUGUAAAAAGUUUCAGCUUUUCUUCCAAAAUCAUUUGGCUAAUGCACUUAUAUCAUGUCAAUGA